AUGGCUUCCCCUUGGAAAUUUGUUCUCGUUGUUGUGGCCAUGCUUGUUGGCCUCAUUGCAUUUGUGAGUGGAAAUGCAGCACUAAUAAACAACGUGUGCAGCAAAACUGGAGACCCCGUGUAUUGCCACAAGUGCUACAACAUGUACAGCCGAAGCUCCCAUGAGGAUGUCAAAGCCCUCGGAAGAACAUCCCUCGAUUGUGCUAGCCUCGAGUCAAUAACCGUGACGGGUCUCGUGGAUAAAUUUGUGGUCAAUGCCACAAACAAGGCCAUGAAGAAUUCGUACAUUGAUUGUGCGUUGAAGCUUCGUUCUGGGGAUGACCAGAUAACGGGUGCACUCAAGAGCUUUCAGAAUGCACGUUAUGCGGUGGCUAGCAACCAGAUGUUAGUUGCUCUCAAUGCUGCCCGGCAGUGCAGCACUCAGCUGCAGAAAUUUAGACUCUCUCCAGCUCUUGGAAAUGAAUUACGUACGCUUCAGGGUUUCUGUGCAGCCGCCAACGGAGUUCUCAAACAAAUUCAUUGA